AUGGCAUCCAACGUGUCUCGGGCGUUGUCUUUGAUAGAUUUGCCCGAAGAUUUGCUCCAGAAUGUGUUUUCAAGACUCGACCAAGGAAAUAAAGUAAAUAUCGGCCGUGUGUGUCGCAGAUUUAAUGCCCUAGUGACUCCACUUUUGUAUGCCAACCUCUUUAUUACAAGCAGCAAAUUCUCGACCGAACGUUUCCGGGACAUCAAAGACUCCACAUCUGAAUAUGAGUUGAGCAAAUGGUCUAUUGUAACCUUUUCAUUUAGCGAAUCCGACUGCCCGUUCAAACAACUAGAACUGUCCUUGAGCCAUCCCAGUAGAGCGGCUCUAGUCGAUAAAUUAAUAACCGAUGACAUUUCGUUCGUGCUUUUCAAGCUCAAAUUCUGGCAAAAACGCUUAUUUCAAACUAAAGGUCCAAGAACCGUGUAUUUUGGGAAUGUUGCAACGAACCAUUUCAGUAUAGGUUAUGACGAUGUGUUCCGAUAUUACAUGUCGAUAGAAGAUUGGGUUUGCAAUCUCACUAACCUACAAAUGCGCAAUAUUCCUGAACUUCAUCAGCUUUUGGCUGGCGUAGACGUACUGCGGUUCCAUAACCUAACACUUAACUUUCAUAUAACUGACAUUGGUGGCAUAACAUUGGCAAAUUUGGAAAAGCGAGACCCGACUCAAUUCCCUCACUUCCUCACCCACGUUUCUCAUCUCCGUGUUUUCAGUGUUCACAAUCUUGGUCUUCUGUUUUUGCGGAACCUUCGCAAGGUAUUUGGAGAUGAGCUAUUUCCAUCACUUCGAACCUUGUCUCUUAAUCACAUCCACGGCCAGACGACUGGUACAGACCGGUUCAAUUUCAAUUCCCUAUAUGACUUGUCCAUGGAAAUGGAGCUUUCUUUACAGGACAUAUUGCGAAUAGUUAACGUGGAUAGGUUGGAAAAAUUGGAAUUGAGUGUCGGUUGCAAUCAUAUCUACUGUUCGCGAGAUGGUAUGCUACCUCACCUUGCUGAAAUAGAAGAGAACGAAUAUUGUGGAUGCUUGAAUCGUUUUUUCAAAGAGCUUGCAUCAAAUAUGGAUCGUUUUCGUUCUCUCAAAAGUAUUUCGAUUUCAAAGAUGGGCCACCUGGUUGUUGCAAAUCCUUACAGCAUUUAUCACUUCAAGAAGGUGCUCAUACUGUUUCUACAACGUAUCCCCAGACUAAAAAAUAUCACAAUUGACACCAACUCAGCUUUAUAUCCUUAUCACAAUAUGGUCGCAGACAAGAGAUUUCGAGAGAUGGUUGAAAUCUUCAAUGUUCAAAAUUCAGAGCUUUAUGGGGUUCUAAAAAAUUCCUGCGAGUGCUUGGAUUACGUCGACUACUUCGAAUCUGUUCAUAUAUGGCGUAUGGCCACAGCAAAGACAGAUUCAUGUCUUUGCAACUCAUGUCAAGAUACGAAAGAACGGAUGUUUGAGUUUGUCGGAUUAAACCGCCAAAUUCAGUUCUAUCUCAAUCCAACCAUUGUAAAGUCUUCCUCAGAAUACCUUUACGACUUGAUAGCCACAGUUUGUGAUAUAAUGCGUCGAUCUUAUUACUAUCGAAGUGGAGAUGCAAUGACUUCGAAUAUGGGACCUGCAGGCAUCUCCACUGCGAAAGCUGCAGCCGCACGUCAAAUUUCUUCCCCUGAGCCCGGAUUGUUUGCUAUCAUGGGCUUGCUUGCAGAUCAAAUCAAGCUGCCACAAAUUUCUCUUCAUGAUUUAUUCAGCCAUAAUAACUACAAACAGUUGAUAUGCCCCGCUCACAAUAUAGCUGAACGUGCUCGAUGCUGGGCACCGGAACUCACAUGCCGCUGCGAUGGAACGGAAUUAAGAAAGUUUGCUCAGUACAUCCAACACCAGGCAACAGAAGGCUGCAAGGCAAUCUCACCGUAA